GAAAAUUUAAAUACGAAAUGAAGUCGAGAUCAUUGGAUUGGGUCUAGAUUCAAUCUACGCCGUUAGUUGAUAUUGUAUUUGUCAAUCCGUAGGUUGACAGGAUAUAUAUAUAAAUAUAUAUAUGUACUGUACCUGAAAAACCCUAAUGCUAUCUCCUUAGUUAGUUUGAAUAUUAGAAGUUCAUUCACCUGAAAUGCGAGAAUUGGUCAUCAUUCCAAAUUUCAAAUGAUUUAAUGGUGAAUUACCAAUGCCAUGAUAUGUUGGUAGCCAUUUGAGACGGAGCAUAAGAACCUAUGAGAACAAUAGUGCAUGGUAUGGUGUAUUGUAGAGUUGUAUCACCUAGACAAACUGGUGUCUCCCUAAUACUGUUUAUUCUUGCGCCCACCUGUAAGUAAAAAAUGUAAUUUUUUUAACCAAAAUAUGUUUUAUUUUAAUCCAUGUUACUCUUUUUCUUAUCAAUCUUUUAGUUUCUCUCUUUAAGGUGACCCGGCACAAAAUGUGUUGGGAUGAUCAAUAAACCUUCAAGUACACCCUCAAUUGAUUUAUCAAUAACACAUUUUAUAUCAAACUAGCACAUAUUCAUGUGCUGAACUGGCACAUUUUGAAGAUCAAAAGCCAGUCGACACAUUUUUAUGCAGGAUUGACACAUUUUAGACAUCACAUUUUUUGGGAGAGAAAUGUGAGGAAUGUAAGAAACAUAGUAUUGGAGUUAAUAAAGUGAAAAAAUAAUGAGUUGGUACGCGGGAAAGUAGAAAAUAACGUUAAUUUCCCCCGUAAAUAAAAAAUGGUUUGACUUUUUAAGGGUCCUUAACUCAAAAAAUACAAGUCGGAGAGAGAGAGAGUUGUUUUGUUGUGAAUUGAUGACAAGGUCGCGUGGGUGGUGCUCCGUAGGUGAGGCCAGUUUGAGCACGAGCUUGAUGGAGGGCGAUGAUGAUUUAUGUUGGGAAGAGAGGGGAACAGAGGCGGAGGAGGAGAGACAGGGUGGUGGUGGUGGUGUGGAGGAGGAGGCGAGAGAGAGGGCAUGGGAGGCAUUCAGCAGUGGGUUCAGGGAGGUGCAGGGGGUUCUUGAGGAGAACAGGCUCCUCAUUUCUCAGGUCAAUGACAACCACAGCUCCAGGCUCCCUGAAAACCUAACAAAGAACGUCGCCCUCAUCCGACAGAUCAACGCCAAUAUAUCAAAGGUCCUAUCCCUCUACUCCCGCCUCUCCGCCAACUUCAGCACCCUCUUCUCCUCCGCUUCCUCCUCCUCCAACACUUCAGAGAUCUCCUCUAAGAAAAAAUGAAAAUAUAUCCCCAUUUUCUUUGCUCUCCCUCUUUUCUUCUUCAGGUUCUCUCUCUCUCUCUCUCUCUCUCUCUCUUCAGCUUGGGUCGGUCAGCUUCUUGUUGUUCCGCUUGAGUGACAGUUACGAUGCUACUUAUAUCCAUCACUACAUAUGUAUUUCAGUAUCCUAUGAUGGGAAUAGCUCUUCAUCCAUUUCUUGAUCGAUGAUGGAUCCUCUCGUGCACUCAAAAGUCUCAAAAACACCAACAGGAGGAAUGGAUAGAUUUUCACUCUUGGAGAAGCCACAGUGUCUUGGAGAUCAAAGAAAUAGGCAUGCAUACAGCCCUAUGAACUCAGAGCGUUACUGGCAAGGACGAAUGGCUUUAGAACUUACUAAGAGCUAAUCCAUAGGGGGGUAAGCUAGUCCCGUCAAUCACAUUGUAUUGUGAUAACUACACAGCCUUGUUUGCUGCAGGAAGCAAGAUGUAUAACUGGGAAUUGAUGUCUUUUGGGACAGAAUCUCAUAAAGCUAUUGUUGAAAGAUGAUAUCCUUUCUGUGGAAUAUGUCAAUUCAAAGGAAAGUAUAGCAGAUCAAAAGGCAGUGCAAGGGAAAUCGUACUAUAAACAUCAAGAGGGGUAAGGCUUAAACCAAUGGUGGGAACUCAUCCUUGCAAAUUCAAUGGGCAAAUCAUUUCAAUCGUUGGGUUCAUGCACUAAGAAAGUAUAGCCUAUUCCUUAUGGAUGUUCUUACUGCAGAUCCCCUUUAAAUUGAAGAACUUUGAGUUUUCAUAAACUCUUAAUGAGCCUGUAACCUAUAUUGCAUAGGAGUGGAUAAAGUAUUAGGGGAACACUUUUGAUGGAGUGGAUAAAUAAUUUUAUUAUAAAUCACUGUCAUUUCCAACGAGGCUUACUUAUUUAUUGUUUCGUACCAUAGCUAUGUAAGGGAUUUACACAAAGACAAAACAGUUUCUUCUUACCACAUUGGUCAAAAGUCCUCCGGCUUCCACAGCCUUGGAUGUUAUUCCAGUUCUAGAUAUGUUUUUAGUUCCUCAAUUUGGUAAGAGCAUAUUAUCGUUCUGAGUUCUUGUUUGUACCCGUCAGUAGGGAUUUCAAGGUGGGUGAAUGAUUGCUGUUGAAGGAUGCUUGGGCGGGCAUAACACUUCCGAGUGAUUUCUUCAAAUUCUCAUCGAUGACUGCUUUGACGACAUCGACAUCCACCAAGGCAGUCAAUAAGUUCAGCCUCAUAGGCUAGAACUUCCAUUCAUUCAAUGAGCUGAUACAAAUCAAGUCUAUAUUCUUGUUGGUAGCCAUUUAUCAUUUUUUUGGAUAGCCCAGUUAUCCUCUGUAUAAUUAACUCUUUGUUCUCAACAAGAAUCUGGCUUUCACAUUUCCAUAUGGAAGUAAUUUGAAUGCAAAAAUUUCUACUUCUUCAUA